CGGCGUGUCACAGUGCUGCUGCUGUGCCGAUAUGGCUGCUAGCUAGCAUCCGAUACGCCUACGGGCAGGCUGCUGUUAGCCUCAAUUAGCUUCAUUUUUUUAUAUUUUGGCAACAUACAAAUGUGACGGUACUUUGCAUUUGGGGUCCAAACUCUGACAGGUCCAGACAGUCUACGGUUUUCAAUGUAAAACGGUCAACACGCCGACAACCGACGAUUUUUUGUGUGGCCAUGGAUUCGACCUGCAGCGCCUCGGCGCCUGCGGCUGGUUUAACGGUGCAGGUGUGUUUUCCUGGUGCUCGGGCUGCAGUCCUGGAUAAUUUGAACCGGCAGAGGGAGGAAGGCAGGCUGUGCGAUCUCUCCAUCCAGGUGCAGGGUCAGGUGUUUAAAGCCCACCGCUGUGUCCUGGCUGCAUCCUCUCCGUAUUUCCACGACCAGGUGCUGCUGAAGAACGUCACCACCGUCUCGCUCCCCUCGGUCAUGGACCCAGUGGCCUUCGAGAGCGUCCUGAGCUCUGCCUACACGGGCCAGCUGAGCAUCGUGCACGAUGACAUCGUGAACUAUGUGACGGUGGCCAGUUUCCUUCAGAUGUGGCACAUUGUGGACAAAUGCACGGAGAUCCUGAAGAGGCCCCGGGCCUCGGCAGAGGUCGUCCCGGGCGAGGCGGUGGCGGCAGCGGCGGCGGCGGCUCAUCCCGGCACCGCCUCCCAGCAGCAGUCGCCGAGCAGCACCGAGUGCUUAUACGUAGAGAAGGAGGGGAGAAAGAAAGAGAGGAGGCCUGACGCCUUGCCUCCUCUCGCCACGUGGAGACGCCCGCAGCAGUUUCCCAGAUGGGGGCGUCCGCGCCCGUCGUCAGCCCAGCAUUCGGCCGAGCCCCACCUGGACGCCCUCCCCGGCUACGCGGAGAGUGAAUGCGCCAGCUGUGAGGAAACAUGGGUGUCCAGCCAUGCUAAGACCGGCCAUGAUGGACAUGGGCCCAGCAGCAGGAGUCACGGCGGGGCACUGGGCGGAGACGCGCUGAAGCAGAAAGUCCGGUUUCAGCAGCGAGCCGCACCGCUGUCCAGCGAUCAUCGACUGAGGAGCGAGAAGAGAGAAAUCGAGGCGGAUGAAGGAGUGGGAGAGCAGGCAGCAGCCAAGAAGGAAGACUUCUCACAAAUGACCCACUGUGCAGACUUCCAUCCAAAUGACAGUGGAGAGGCGGCCGAUGCCUCAGAAAGGCCGAAUGUGGAGGCGAUGAAGGAGGAGAAGAUGCAGCGAGACUUGGCGGGCGGCAACCCGUCCUCUGACCCGCCUGGUGUUCACAGCUGCCCGACGGGCGAGGGGGCUCCCGGCCCCUCGUGUUCGGUGGCAGGCCGGCCGCAGUGGCAGCCGGGCUCCUGGCCUCAGCCGGAGCAGAGGCAGCAGCAGGAGGGGGAGGGCGGCAGCUGCAGCAAAGACGAGGAUGAUGAAGAGGAGGAGGAGGAGGACGUGGACUUCGAGUGUUUCACGGCGGCGACGUGCAGCAGGGACACGUACGAUGAGAUCGAGGACGGCACGGGGCAGGUUUCCCAGAGGCCCCUGGUGCCGGUGUCCCCCGACUUCACCAUGGCGGGCUCGGAGGUGAACUGGCCGUCCACCAGCACGGCGCAGGGCGGCUCCCUGACCCCCACCUCCAGUCGCCACCUGUCCCCAUCGUCCGCCGCUUUUCCGCCACCGCCUUCGUCUCCCACCCCGUCUUCGUCGUCGUCGGUGACGCUCGCCGGGGCGCCCUACACGGGGAAAGUCCACUUCUGCCACUGCGGCAAAGCGUACACGCUCAAGAGCAUGCGCGACCGACACGUGAAGAUGCAGCACCUCAACCUGCGGCCGUUCGGCUGCCCCGUCUGCACAAAGUCCUUCAAAAUGAAGCACCACCUCACCAAGCACCUGAAAACCCACGGAGGGCUGCGGCCGUACGAGUGCAACCUGUGCGGGAAGAAGGUGGUCUGGAGGGACAGCUUCCUGAGGCACCAGGCCCGGUGCGAGCGCCUCGCCUCCAGCUCCUCGGCCAACGGCAGCGGCGCCGGCGCGGCGACGGCAGACGUGGACGACGGCUACGGCUACGGCUUCGACGAGGGCGAAACGUUUCUGCCGACGGGGGGACAGGUGAAAGUGGAGGAGGUGGACUUUCACCGGGACAUGGAAGACGGGAUGGGCGGGCUGCUGGGAAACGUGUCUGGCAUCGUGGAUGAACUGGGACCCCAAACACAAAAUCUGGAUUCUAGCGGUCAUAUUUUUAAAGAGGAAGCUCAUGAGAGCUUCAGUGGAAAUUAAACGUAGACGUGAAAACACAACUACAACACUAACUACGUCCUUAGGUACACUUGUUCAAAUGCUCAAUACUGCAAGUAGCCAAUCAGCCACAGACCUGUGAACAGGAUUACCCAGAAUGCAACAAACUCCAUCCAUCACAGAUGUUUUUCUUUGAACUUGACAGAGACUCACCGGACUCAAAAUGCCUCUGCAGUCACCAGAUUUCAGCUGAUUCGGGAUACAGUGGAAGAGGAGAUUCAUAUCAUCGAUGUUCAUGAACUGCAGCAAAAGUGCGUCACAUCGAAUAUGCAUCAAAACCUGUGUGGAACCGUUCUAACGGACAAUGACUGAAGAGUCUGAAAUCCUUACGGGCUGUUUGGAGCAGGUGAAUCAGUUUUCAUCCCCGUUUUGUGCAUUUUUACGGUUGUGUUUGAAAACAGGACGGUCAUACUGUGUAAGUGACAAGUUCAGUGGCUCCACUGAGGCUUGGUUCCUGUUAAUGAUCUGAUUCAUUGUACCAAGCUGUGUUGUGAAUGUACUUUUUAAAAGAGCAUCGAGUUCAUUUGCAUUUUGCACAUAAAGUAUUUGCAAUUGAUCUGCAAAGGAAAAAAACUAAGUGCAAAAAUCCUAUUGUGCCAUGUUGAUGUGUUUUCACACUGUUCAAAAAACACUUGAUAAUAAAGUUUUUUUUUCUCUUUGA